AUGGCAGCGCCGGCAAGUCUCUUACAGCGGCGCCGAAAUUCUGGCUCGCGAGUGCUGCCGGUUCCUUUGACGUGCAGCUCCGGUGCAAGUGACACUGGACUUGAUCCUUGCCACAAGCUCUUUGAAAAGUACGAUUUGCUGGAGCGGCUGGGGCGGGGGUCCAGUGGACAAGUCCUCCGCGCCCGGCGCAAGGAGGACGACAAGGAAGUGGCCCUGAAGAUCAUGUCAGCAACCGGUCCAGAUGUUCUUGCUUCCCGCCGAGCAGAGUUCGAGAUCCUACAGAACCUGAGACAUCCUAACAUCGUUCAAGGACUCGAAUUCCUAUGCUCAGACACCACGGCAGUCGUUGCUCUGAGCUACCACGCUGGCAGCACGCUCUACAGAGCUGUGCGCGAGUCAGCAGGAGGAUGCCUUGAGGAGGUAGCUUCGCAGCAUCUCACGGACUUGCACCUCGUUGACUUCAAUACGGCACGGCCGCUUAUGGAGGGUGGUUCCCUUACCAUGACAGGUACACUUGAAUAUGCUGCGCCAGAAGUGCUGCAUGGGGAGUCACCGUCUGAGCAGCACGACGUGUGGGGAGCGGGUCUCUGUUUGCACUGGAUGCUGAUGGGCAGCCUUCCACACCGCCCAAGCGGCUACCCAAACGUGGAGGCCUUCGCAGAAGCCGUGCUCUCGGAGCCAGUGACUUGCCAGGAGGGCCGGUGGCAGGUGAUCUCGAAGGACUGCCGCACCGUGGUGAGGCAGUGCCUAGCCCUCAAAAAGCACCAGCGCCCCGCCGCGCUCCUGCUCCUUGCGCAGCCCUGGCUGCAAGAUCUACCAUGCAUGUGCAGCCUACCAGACCUGCCUCAGUGUGCUCGCCGAACGCAGACCGAGCCAGCAUUUGUUUUGGCUGUAUGA